AUGUUCUCGUCUUCGUCCAGAAACUCUCUGUUUUCGCCUUGGUCAUCCAUGGAGCAGUCGGACUCUGAAGCGCUGGACAUCAGCACCAAAGUGCAGCUGCACGGGGUGCUGUGGAAGAGGCCCUUCGGACGGCCGUCGGCAAAGUGGUCCCGCAGAUUCUUCAUCAUCAAAGACAGCUUCUUGCUCUACUAUGCAGAGAGCGAGAGGAGAAACUUUGAGACCAACAGGUACUUCAACAUCCACCCAAAGGGAGUCAUCCCUCUGGGAGGGUGUGUGGUGUCAUCCAAUGAAAACAUGGGCAUGCCCUUUGGCAUCGUGGUCAACCUGGAAGACUUUACUGGCACCAUAGUUCUGGCUGCUGAGUCUGGAGAGGAGCAGGUCCAGUGGAUGGAGAUGCUGCAGGAGUCCGGGAAAGUCACGUGGAAGAACGCCCAGCUCGGGGAGGCCAUGAUCGAGAGUCUGGAGGCUCAGGGGCUGCAGCUGGCCAAGGAGAAGCAGGAGUAUCUGGAUAAACUGAUGGAAGAAACUGAGGAGCUGACUCAUCAAAGAGCACAGAGAGAGGAGCUGGAGCGUCUGAACCAGGUCCUGGAGGAAGAGAAGAUGAAGUUUGAGGAGGUGGUGGUGGAGCUGAAGGCGGAGCAGGAGCAUAUCAAACUAGACCUGGAUGGCACCGCUCAGUCCCUGAGAGGUGUGGAGACUGAAAAAGAAGAGCUGAGCAGUUUGACCAUCAUGCUGCAGAAAUCCAUCGAGGAGCUCUCUCAGGAGAAACAGCGAACUCUGGAGCUGCUCGGGGUGAAGGAGCAGGAGGAGAAGGCGGCUGAAGCUGCAGAGGAGAAGUCAGAGGGAGGAGAGGAUCCCGGAGCCGUGGACCUGCUGCAGGACCUGCGACACAUCGAGGAGCAGAUGAAGAUCCUGCUGAAGGAGAAGGAGCAGGCUGACGACAAGCUGAGGGAGAAUGAGGAGCGUGCGAAGAUCCUGCAGCAGGAGAGGGAGUUCUACUCGUCUCAGGCUCGGGCGCUGCAGCAGUCUCUCUCUCAGCUCACUGUGGACAAGCAGCAGACCGAGGCCGAGCUCAAGGCGGAGAUAGAGUCUCGAGUGGAGCUGGAGAAGAGACUGAAGCUGGCCGAGGAAGCUCUGCAGGACCUGGAGAAAGGCCUGGACUCACUGGAAAGGACCAAAGAGACGGACGAGAAGAUGAAGGGGGACGUGACUCAGCUGAGGAGAUUCUUUGAGGAUUGCAUCUGUGCAGCCGAGAUUGAGGCAAAGCUUCCAGCAAUAAUGAAGAACGCUGUGUAUCUGCACAAAGCUGCUGCACGCAGAAUCAAGAGCUGCCGAAUCCAGAGGAGAGCCUCCAGACGCCACUGGUUAAAACACUCCAAGUCCUUUGCUGUAACAAACUCUGACGGCGGCAGCAUCGAGGAGCUGCGGGAGACAGCCCGGAGACUGACCUCUGACAGCAGCUUCAGAGAGAGCGUGUACAAGAUCAUCGCCCACAAGGACGCUACCAACAAAACAGAGGACUGA